AUGAAUCGGCUAACCAGAACAGUUCUUUCCCGCCUACCCCUCAAAAUCGCCCCAGUUCGGCCUUUGUCAGUAACGAUUCCGAAAAAACACGGCGAUUUCGAAUGGGAAGAUCCAAAGUCGCCGGAAGAUGUUGUAAAUGUAGUAUACCAAGAUCGUGACGGAAUCGAGCACAAGAUCGCUGGAAAAGUCGGGGACAAUCUUAUGUUUUUGGCUCACAGACAUGACAUCGACAUUGAAGGAGCUUGCGAGGCUGCUUUGGCCUGUUGUACAUGCCAUGUGUAUGUGGAAACAGAAGAUGAGCACUGGGACUUGCUCGAGGAGCCAACAGAAGACGAAGAAGAUAUGCUCGAUAUGGCCCCUUAUUUACAAGAAAAUUCUAGACUUGGCUGCCAAAUAACACUAACUAAAGAACUUGAAGGAUUGAUAGUUAGACUCCCUUCGGCAACAAGAAAUUUCUGGGUUGAUGGCGCGAAGCCCGAACAUCACUAA